AUGAGUGGUUUCAUUUCCUCGCUGCUAAUCCAAGUUGGAAUCCGAUCCCCCAAUCUGCCACCCCCACCGACCAGGCAGCCACAUGACACCCAAUCCGAACCUCAGCUGAACGAACCGACAAAGACAUCGACAAGCGAUAGCAAAGUUGAAGAUCAUAGACCUGUCACUCAACUGAGCCAAGAUCACCGACAUACACUCAACAACUGUGGAGAUGCGGGUGCGGGGUCCCUGCGUAGCGCUGUCUUCUUCACAACCCUGACCAAAGAAAUGGAUGGACGGAAUUUCCAGCCAGAGGGCAACCGACCAGUGGCCAAUGACACAUCUGAAUCUAUUCGGAGCGCGGCUGUGACAGAAGGUUUAUUCAAUCCUACCCAUGGCGCCGAUGCCACUCCGCUACUGGACCGCCGAGACAGUUCGACGAAUCCACAAGCUUUACAUCCCGCUGAGAUGGUGGGCCCACAGACUGAACCGCGUAUUGGAGCUUCAGAAGUAGCCGUUGGAAGGCCACAGCGAUCUUUGGGCAGUGCAUUUGACCUAGAUACUCCAACACAGUCUUCACUUCCAGCAGAUGAUGGGAUGGGAGUGCUCCGAAGCAAGAUCAUCGCGAUCAGGGAGAUGCAGGUCACUAAUCUUGAAAAGGCCCGACUAGUUCAUGAUCUGAUGACAGAAGAUUAUAAAUCAUCCCGUGACAGUUCGAGUACGUCUGGUGCAGCGGUGCGUUCUACUCCAUCCAGCCCGCAAAAGUUAGGGCGGCCCACGAGUCCGAGCGCUCCCGGGGUCUCGGAAAACAAUACAUCUGGACCAAUUUCACCAAGCCUUGAGUCGCCUCCACUACAGGAGCACUUGUUCUAUCUCACACCUGAAGAUCUACGACCGACCUAUGUCCCCAAAACAGAAACAGGGACACCAGAUAUCGAAACUUGUGACGAGGAAUUGGAUACAGAAGAACAGGAAGAAGACAUUCUUGGCUGUGUGCAUUAUCAUCGCAAUGUGAAACUCGAGUGCCACACGUGCAAGAAAUGGUAUACUUGCCGUUUCUGCCACGACGAAGUUGAAGACCAUUCUCUUAUUCGCCGAGAUACUGAGCAUAUGCUUUGUAUGCUAUGUGGGGACGCCCAGCCUGCGGCGCAGACCUGUAGGCAAUGCUGUGAGCAAACAGCCCACUAUUAUUGUGAGAUCUGCAAACUCUGGGACAACGACAGCAAUAAAAGCAUCUACCAUUGCAAUGACUGUGGUAUUUGUCGAAUCGGACAGGGACUAGGUAAAGACUUUUUUCAUUGUCAGACCUGUUCCGUCUGUCUUCCCAUGUCCAUUGAGAACACCCACCGUUGCAUUGAACGGUCCACUCAAUGUGAUUGCCCCAUAUGUGGAGACUACAUGUUUGAUUCUCCAGAAACCGUGGUCGUCAUGAGGUGCGGCCACAGCAUACACCACAAGUGCCUUGAAGAGUAUUCCAAGAGCUCUUUCCGUUGUCCGAUCUGUAGCAAGACCAUCACCAACAUGGAAUCGACAUUCCGAAACUUGGAUCGCACCAUCGAGAGUCAACCUAUGCCGGAGGAGUUCAAGGACACCAAAGGUCUCGUUUACUGCAACGACUGCAGUUCAAAAUCAGUUGUAAAAUACCAUUGGCUUGGCUUGAGAUCCCAACUUCGCAUUUUGCAUGGUGACAUGUCGGCUCAACCUGAAGAACAUAUGGGGGAAGAUUUGAUCUCCCGGCCUCGAUCGUCUUCACUCAUCGAAGAGAACGACUCGAUGUCGUCUUCGCUGGCAGCACUGACCGUCAACGACACCUCGGUCUCUCGCUCAAGGCUGAGCAUUCCUACGCCUCCUGAACCGGAAAGGCGAUUCUCAUCUUACAAUAUCACACGGGGCCGUGCUGUCUCGCCCGUCGUCAGCAAUUAUUUCGGACUGCCGACUGAGCGCGAAUCUGAAACCCCCUCAUCGAUGCCCUUCUUUGGGGGCCCGUCUCGUGGCGAGAAUGAGGAUUAUGGGGCGCUGAAUUUCUUGAGCAAGAAGUUUACCUACAGCUAUGGAAUAUUUGGUGGUGAAACAAAAGCAGCGGAAAAUAUUUCGAAAGCUGGCAAUGAAGAGAUCGAUGGAGAAUCCUCUGAGUCAGCUGAGUCUGAGAGUGACGAUGAAGAGGACGAAGAUGAAGACGACGAGGAAGAUCAAGAUCAACAUCACAUCGAAAUUUUCGGCCAUCAAUGA